AUGCGUAGGUCAUAUCGCCAGGGACUAUGCUUCAAAGUCAACGACAUCGACUUAACGUGCUUGGACGUCAAGGAGACGCAGUCACGAAUUGACAGACUAGUGAAUGGAACGUUACUACCACACACGGUCUUCUUUGGACAGCAUAUGGGGCCAGGGAGAGGUCUUGUUGACUCAACUGAUAGAACAUUGAAAGAGCAUCUUGCAAUGGUGUUUCCUCUUGAUGUUUGGAAGGCCGCUCGGAGCAUGAGUCGUGAGAAAAUCAGUUCUCUUCACGAUGUGAUAUUGACGUCCGAAGCAAGCCUGGAUGCUGCGAAAGCUGUGCUUUUUCGUUUGCAGGCCGCAGAGUCAUCUGCUCGUGACCAGUAUAACGCUUUCGAAGCGCAACGCGAAAAGACUUUGACACAUAUUGAUGAAGAGAGAAACAGUUUUCACGCGCGUAACUCCCGAUCUUCUGAGGAUUCCGUCGCUUAUUCAGAAACGUUUCCGACAACCGCAGAUCAGUUAUCAACUAUUAUUGAAGACUGCAAGCACAAGCUGAGGCAACUCGAGGACUACACAGGAAAUGCCCUAGAUAGCCAAAGAGAAUCAACCGCUUCAGCCUUGACCUUAUCAAAAGCAUCUCUCCUUGCAGCUGAAGAGGUACAGUCCCGAAUCACUUCUUUGAUGUUGAAAGGUAGAGAUUGGGAGGAAGAGCGUGAACGGAAGGCACGAGACAUUCGCACCUAUAUUGAAAGCGCUAGGAAGGAGCUGAAAGGAAUGCAAAGUCUUGCAGAUAUCGAUGCAAAAUGGAGCGCAGCCUCCAUGGAAAUGCGUGACUGUGAGGAGAAGUUCCAGGAGCUCGUCAUGGUCAACAUUGAUUUCAAAAAUGAUCAAUCCCAUGCAUCUUUCUCGACAGAAGUGAGCGUGGUACAGGAAUCACGGAAACGAGUCUCUGCGAUUCAGGAUGAACGAGUGCGACUGGAAACUGCACUUCACGAAGUAAAGGCACGUCUGCUGCAAAGCGAAAAUGUAUCACUCAGCUCCAGCGAUGCAAGCGGCGAAGAACAUGGUUUAUUGGCCCUUUCGAAUCCAACGUCAUGUGAAACUUGCCUUCGUCCUUUCGACGGAGAGCUAUACGUGCAAGCCAGAUCCCAACUUGAGAAAGAAGCUGCUGCGAUUGAAGAAGCUGUUUUGAAGACCGAGGCACAGCAUAAAAAUGAGAAAAUAUCAUAUGAGGCAGCUGUUCGUGUCCUAGGUGCAGAGGUUGACGAGGAGAGAAGACGGCUUCUGGACAGAAAAGCAAAAGUCAGCGAAACAUUCAGUAUACUUCGAUCAAUGCGAAAUACGAGAAGCUCACUGUCCAGAGAAAUAUCGGAGUUUGAAAAGAAGCUAAAUAUUCUCUACCGAGAUCCCAACUUAUAUCUGAACGAAAUUCAAGAGAUCACUGCGACUUUGCGAAAGGCGACGCAUAGCGAACCCAUGGGCAAUAUUGUCAAUAUUGUUCAGGAAAACGUUGCUGCCAGUCGUGAAGCUCUUUCACAAGCCGAAAGGCAGUAUGAAGCUGUGAUAGCCGAAGUUCAAGCAAGAGAAAUUCUGAGGACAGAAUCGUUAUCGCGACGAAGAAAUCUACAGGAUCAUAUUGAUGAUCUUCUUGAUGUACAAAAAAAGUAUCAGAGUCUUGAGAGCGCAAGAAAUUCCGCGCAGCAAGACGUGAACCCGUACAUGGAGUCGCUGCGAAGGGUGCGGAGUGAAUUGAAUGCAGAAACGUCUACGUUUGAGAAGCGCGAGCAGGAAUUCUCAAAGCUAAAAGGCAGCUUGAACACCUUCAAGUCACUUGACGUAGCGUUUGGCCCUCGUGGCGUUCCUUCAUUCGUCCUGGAAGAAGGUCUUUUAUGGCUCGAAAGACUCACAAGUAUGUACUUGGAUAGGCUCUCUGCAGGGGAACUGAUGCUUCAGAUCAGGGCCUUUUCAGACUACAAGUCAUCAAACAGGGUUGAAGGGGACAACAAGGAAAUAAUCUCAAAGAAGGUCUUCGUUCGCACAGGUGGGGCCCUACCCGUAUUUAGAGAGCGUACUCUCAGACAACUUAGCGGAGGUCAGCGCAGGCGAUGUUCUUUGGCAUUCGCGCUAGCAUUUGCAGAUCUAGCUCAUGAGCGAGCUGGCUUUCGUUCUUCGCUUAUUGUCAUGGAUGAAAUUUUGCAAUCUUUGGACGAGGAUGGUCGUCGGAGAAUAUCCAAAAUUCUCCCAGCCCUUCUUGAUGAAAAACACAGCCCACGAAAUACAGUUUUGGUCGUUGCCCAAGACGAAGCACCAGAAAUUGCUGGUUUAGCUCACGGCGGAAUAGAUAUUGUUAGCAGGAAGAUGGACCAGAGUGAAGUACUCCUAGAUUCCAUUGACUCCGCGCUGCCGUAUCGAAGAUAAUAAAUGUACAUUUCUCUA